AUGAUGCACUACAACCUUCCCACGAUUAUUAGUCGACCGUACUGCGACCCUUAUACCGCGGCCUACUCGGUGGUGCGAAGCGCACAAUUCAUCUCUGCCAUUCUCGUCGCUGCGGUUUGCGGCAUUGACCUUGGUGCUUGGUCGAGGCUUCAGCUUCAUGCUGACUCUAGAUGGGUGUACGCCGAGGUGGUCUCUGGCCUGUCGGUGAUGCUGUCUCUAGUGCUUGGCAUCCAGGGGCCAGGCACGCAAUCUGCAGCUCGUCUUACCUGUCGCUGCUUAUUGGACUCUGUGGUGAGCCUACUAUGGCUAGUCUCCAGCGCUCUCUAUGGGAAAAUUGCAACCAAUGGUACUGGUGCCGUGGCGUUGCCAUUCUCCAAGUCAGCCGUCAACGCCGCCUUCUACCUCAGCAUUCUCAGCACGCUGAUAUGGCUGACGGCUGCUAUUACAACUUGCGUACCUUGCCGCCGUAGAGGGAAAGCGAGAAUUCCCCAGACACAAGUGGCAAAUUUUGUUGUGGAAGAAGAUCGAGGUCUAGGCGAAAUGUCAAAGGUAAAUUUAGUGGAAGAGGGAGAGGGCAGUAGUGAACUGCCUCCGCCGUAUUCGCUCUCAGAAGCCAAGAAUGGAGCAGCCAGAGCUGCUACGAGACUUGGGAAAGCCGGUUGA